CGACGCCCCGAGGGACGGUGAGGUAUCUGGGUCUUGAGAAGGUGCAGCGGCAGAACCGGCCGGGAAGAUGCCAGUGGCAGUGAUGGCGGAAAGUGCCUUUAGUUUCAAAAAGUUGCUGGAUCAGUGCGAGAACCAGGAGCUCGAGGCUCCUGGAGGAAUUGCAACACCCCCAGUGUAUGGUCAGCUUCUAGCUUUAUAUCUGCUCCAUAAUGACAUGAAUAAUGCAAGAUAUCUUUGGAAAAGAAUACCACCUGCUAUAAAAUCUGCAAAUUCUGAACUUGGAGGAAUUUGGUCUGUGGGACAGAGAAUCUGGCAGAGAGACUUCCCGGGGAUCUAUACAACAAUCAGCGCUUACCAGUGGUCUGAGACAGUCCAGCCCAUCAUGGAAGCACUUAGAGACGCAACAAGGAGACGAGCCUUCGCCCUGGUCUCUCAAGCCUAUACCUCGAUCGUCGCCGAUGACUUUGCAGCCUUUGUUGGACUUCCUGUGGAAGAGGCUGUGAAAGGUAUAUUAGAACAAGGAUGGCAAGCCGACUCCACGACAAGAAUGGUUAUGCCCAAAAAGCCAGUUGCAGGGGCCCUGGAUGUUUCCUUUAACAGGUUUAUUCCCUUAUCAGAGCCUGCCCCAGUUCCACCAAUCCCCAAUGAACAGCAGUUAGCCAGACUGACCGAUUAUGUGGCUUUCCUCGAAAACUGAUUGGUUAUACUGAGUUCAAGAUCCACCUUCAGAAUCCUCUAUACUGACAAAUACAAAAAUGUAAAAUUUUUAUUUUCAAUUUAUCGGAUGGAUUAAGCACCUCAGCAUUCCUUACUGAGCAUGUGAUAAAAUGCCUAUAUAAUAUAAAGUAUAUUAUAUAUAUUUUGUCCUUAAAUAUUAUGCUGAAUAGUUGUGGACACAAUUCUCAUUUUGUAAUAUUCGACAAUUUGGAUGGAGCCUGUCAGUAUUAUGCAGUCAGUCAGUUUAUAUUUCCUAGUGACUCAUAAAAUAGAGCUCUGCUGCUUCGUGUAGAACCAUGGUUGUCAGUUGGUUUUUCCUGCCCCAAGACCCAGCACACUGCCAUCUGCACCAUUGAUCCACAGUUGUAGGGAUUCAUUUGGGGUUUGAGGAGGACUGUCCUCAGGCAGCACCUGAAUUGCUGGGGGUUCUGAUUCUUCCUCUUUGGAGAAUAUGCUCUCUGUUCUCCUCACCUCCUGAGAAUCACUAAUACAGAAUGCUGAAAUAUAGCUGAGGAACGAAAGACAAGGUCUUUAAUAAGCCAUUGUGUUAACUAUAGGUUUUUUUCCAAUAGUGUGAGUACAUCCAUUGCUGGCAGUGGAGGGCUUGCCAUGAAAAUGCGACUCAUUUAAGACAUUCAUGAGGAGUGUUAAGUUGUAAUGUUUCCUUUCAGAAGAAGGGAAAUUAAGUGUGGAAUGCGUUGUGUUGGGAAGGAAGCUGUUAAGAAUAGAGAGACGCUUGGUACAGCUGUCCUGCAGCCUGUUGGUUGCUUGUUUUUAUCCCUUGGUUCAGGUUCCGCAUUUUGGAGAAACACUGAACAAGACUCUCAUUUUUUGUGUGACAGCCCUCUGAUUAUUUGAAGUUUAUUGUAUCUUCAAGUUAAAGCACCCUGUAGUUCAUUUAUUCUACAUUUGUUCAAUAAAUAUUUAAUUGAAUUCUCCAA